UUUGAAUCAGUUAUAUUUUCGCCAUCAUAUCGAAUCGAAAUAAAACAACUUUCUAGGCUUGAGACAUUAUAUUCUCUGGAAUUGUUAUUUUAACUAUUCAAAAUGAUUAUAAAGGCAACUAUUGUGGCAUUCUUUAUAUUCUCAAAUCCAUUUUUAAUCGCUAACUGUGACUUGGGUACACUGUACGAUGGAUACAAGCUUCUAAGUCUCGCCCCCGGACGCGAGGAACAAGUUUUAGCAUUGAAAGAGUUACAAGCAUCCGGAGUAGUUUUCCCAGCCUCGUUGUCUGCAACUAUUCAUAAGAAGUGUGACAUUUUGGUGUCUCCUUUGCAAAUGGAAAUGGUUCUCUCUGUAAUUAAGUUUCAUGGAAUGGAAUAUGAAGAAAAAAUACCGGAUGUUGGGCAAUUUAUCCGGUCCCAGAGAGUGAUAAACGGAACAAACAAUGGUAGAUUGACAUGGGAUGCAUAUUAUACUCUGGAUGCUAUUACCGAGUAUUUAGAAGCACAAGUAGCACAGCAUUCGCAAAUCGCAUCGCUAAUAAAUAUUGGCAACACGUUUGAAAAUCGAAAUUUGACAUUAAUAAAAAUUGCUUCUGGGCCACAGCCGAAACCAAUUAUCUACAUUGAGUCUAAUAUACAUGCCCGCGAGUGGAUCACGGGAGCAGUGGCUACACACAUUAUUGAUCAAUUGUUGAACGGACCUGAUGCAGUUAUGCAAUCUUAUGUCGACAGAUUUGACUUUUACAUCUUGCCAAUUGCUAAUCCCGAUGGGUUUGAGUAUACUCAUACAGUUGAUCGAUUUUGGAGGAAAACUAGGUCCAGUACGCCUUCACCGAUUGGAUGUAGGGGGGCAGAUCCAAACCGAAAUUUUGAAGCUUACUGGAUGGAAAACGGCGGAGGUUCUGCCGACCCAUGUAGUAAUACGUAUGCUGGUCAUCGUCCUUUUUCUGAACCGGAAUGUCAAUCUAUGGCGAAUUUUAUGCUGGAACCAGAAAUAAAUAAUAAUAUCGUUAUGUUCUUGAGCCUACACAGUGCUGGGCAAUAUCUUCUCAUCCCUACGGGAUUAAAUGAGGACAAAAUUCCUGAAUACGACGACUACAUGCUGAGAGCAAAUGAUGCUGCACUUGCGCACACCAAUGUCUUUGGGAAGAAUUAUACUGCCGGAAGCAUUUAUGACUUGAUGUACCCAGCGACUGGAAGCAGUAUGGACUGGGCUUAUCUGAACGUGGAUGCAAGCUUUCAUGUCACGUAUGAACUUCGCGACAAAGGUCAAUACGGACAUCUCCUACCACCCGACCAGAUUUUACCAAGCUGCGUCGAAUUCCUCGCCGGGUUCAAAGUGUUGCUGUCAUAUUUAUAAUAAACAUGCCUUUUGCAUAAUUUA